AUGACGGUACGACACAUUUCACAAAUAGCCGACGAUGAAGAGGUUCCUGUUACUUCUGUGUUUGGACGAACCCAUGAACACGCCGUACUCGACGACUAUGUGACGUCAGAUGAGAAGACGCUAGGAGCGUUGGGUUACAAGCAGGAAUUCAAGAGGGACUUCUCCCUUUGGGAAUGCUUCUCCACCUCCUUCUCUUGCCUCUGUCUCCUCCCCUCUAUCGCUUCCACCAUCGGCUACAGCCUAGGCUACUCAGGCACGGGUGGCGCAGUCUGGGGAUGGUUCAUCGCGGCGCUGUGCACGCAGGCCACUGCCUUAAGCAUGGCGGAGCUUUGUUCCUCGAUACCGACCGCGGGCGGGCUCUACUAUGCCUCAGCGGUGCUCGCACCCGAUGGCUGGGGUCCGUUCUGUAGUUGGUUUAUUGGGUGGUCAAAUAUCUGCGGGUAUGCUUCAGGGCCGUGUUCGUUAAAUUAUGCGAUGGCCGCCAUGUUGAUGACAUGCGGCCAAAUUGCGUACCCGACUUACAUCCCGGAGACGUGGCACAUGUAUCUCACCUUCUUGAUUCUGCUGAUCUUCAGUGGCUUCAUUACGAUGCAGUCAACCAUGUUCGUUGGCUGGGUGAACAAAAUAGGGACUAUUUAUAACAUAGCUAUUGUCGUUGUAUUCGUAAUUUGCCUUCCGGUGGGCAGUAUUAACUCGCCCAAAACCAACGACAGUCGCGCAGUCUGGACCGAGUUUGAGAAUGGGACUCAAUGGCCUAUUGGCUGGGCAACUGUCAUGGGGUUUCUCACCGCCAUUUGGACCUUGUGUGGCUACGACGCCCCCUUUCACUUAGCCGAAGAAUGCAGCAACGCUAACAUCGCCUCUCCGCGCGCUAUCAUCAUGACGGCUCAAUCUGACCUCUACCUAGGCUGGGCUAUCAUUCUCGUCAUCGUGUACACCGUGAAAGACGUCACCGACAUUGUAUCUGGCGCUUACGGCCAGCCGUUCGGCAGCCUGUGUCUGCAGGUGCUCGGCCCGCGGGCGGGACUGGCAUUGUUCGCUCUCAGCAUCGUGGCCCAGUUCUUCGGCGCAACAGGAGUCACCGUCACGGCUUCUCGGGUGGUUUUUGCAUUUGCGAGGGAUGGUGCGUUGCCUGGGAGCAGGUGGUGGAGGAAGAUUGAUGGUCGAACUAAGACGCCUGUGUUUGCGACUUGGGGUGUGUUGGCGGUAAGCGCCUUGUUGGGUUUGCUGAUGUUUGCGAGCCCCGUCGCUAUUGGGGUUGUGUUUAGCCUUGGUGCCAUUGCCCAGUACACAUCAUUUACUGGCCCCAUCUUUCUGAAAUUAUUCUUCGACCGCGGCCAGUUCAAGCGAGGCCCCUGGAACCUAGGGAGAUGGUCCAAGCCUACUAAUGUGGUGGCAUGUGCCUGGUGGUUGCUGAUCGCUCCAGCUCUCUGCUUCCCGGCCGUUAGGGGUGACGACCUCACGCCCCUGACCAUGAACUGGACGUGUGUGAUAUACGGCGGCGUCAUGACAUUGGCAAUUUCACACUUCGCUGUGAGCGGUAGGAAGUGGUUCAAGGGACCGCGUAUCAACGUCGAGCACCGAGGUACGCAGGUUGUGGAGGUUCCUGGAAGUGAUUUGCAUGGUGGGGAUAUCACACAGGAGGUUACUGGCUAGAAUCCGAG